GUCAGACAGAAGACAUACACAGAUUUCCACACGAUUAACUCAAGAUGUUUAAUGGCAUGGUAACUGGAUAUAUUGGAUAUUUCUGGUGUUGGAAGACAUCAGCACCAAUGGAAUAACACUAGCUGGUAGUAAUUAACAAUUACCUGAAACGACAGUUAUUCUCUUACAGUAUUUUCAUUUUCGCUUGUAAUAAAUAGCAUUGAAAUCAUAGCUAUCAACAUCGUUAUUGUAAUUAUGAUAAUUCCAAAAGUGAAUAGUAGCCAGAGGCUGGCAUCAUUAUGCGAUAAUGGCUAAUGGAAAUCAAAUAUAUGAUACUGGAUAUUCUGUAAUCAAUAAAACUACCCCAAUCCUCAGUACUCCAUCUUAUAAAUCACCGUAUCUUCAUAUCUGACUCUUUAGUUCUUUUUUAUAUACAUAUAUAUAGAAUAAAUCACUACUGCAUAGAAAACAUUAAUCAGGUAUAUAGCGGUAUUAAUAUCAGUAAAAACAUAAUCACAUUACCAUCACAAAUAUAUUCAAUAAUGGAAAUAAUAGCCUAUCUGUGGAUUUAACUAGAAAUGCAGUGAUUAACUGAAUUACUAAUGAAAUACCCACCUAAUAUAUAUAUGCAGCUGAAUUUCUAUUCAACACCUAUUGAGCUAAUUCCCUGAAUAUGCAUCACAGAAUACAAUCAAAUGUAUAACGACUUAAUUCUCUGCUGAUAUCGUAAAAAACAAAAAAAAUACCCCACAAAUUAUGGAUGCUAAUAAUGCACUGAAAUUAGGUAGACUAUUUCGUGUGCCUUAUGGAGGUGAAGGUGUUGACUUUGUGGAUCAGUUAAAUUAUCAGUUUACAAGUGGUAUUAUCGUAUUAUUUAUUGUGUUGAUUGGAUUUCGUCAGUAUGUUGGUAAACCUCUUCACUGUUGGGUACCACAGGAAUUCACGAGUUCAUGGGAAGAUUAUGCAGAAAAUAUCUGUUGGGUACAGAAUACUUAUUUUUUACUACCAAAUGAAGCUAUACCAGAAGAUGAUUUUGAAAUGCUCAGGGUACGACAUAUUUCCUAUUAUCAAUGGGUAGCUAUUGUUCUGGCUGGUCAAGCUAUGAUGGCAUGGGUGCCACAUGUAUUAUGGCGUGUUUGGUCUAAACGCGUACCAGUAUUACUAAGAAAUGCCCGUGAAGCUGCUAUUCCAGAUAAAGAAGUUCGACAUAAAGCGAUUAGUUGUCUUGUUGCUGCUUUAGAAGAAAUCUCUGAGGCAUCAAAACGCUAUCGACGUGCUCGAGGAGUAUUUCAUCGUUGUUUAGGUGGUGCACCGCCAACUACACGUAUCACUCUAUUAUUUCUAGCUGUACGUAUAUUUUUUAUCGUUAACAAUGUUGGACAAAUUUAUGUUAUGAAGCAUUUCAUUGGAACUAAUGAUACACUAUUUGGUUUACAUGUAUUCCAAGAAUUACUUGUUGGUAGUGAAUGGGAAAUUAGUGGUUUAUUUCCACGUGUAACAUAUUGUGAUGUGAAGGUCAGGAAAUUAGGACAAUUAAAACCUGCAUCUUAUACUCUACAAUGUGUCCUUCCAGUCAACUAUUUCAUUGAAAAAGUCUAUGUGUUUCUAUGGUUUUGGUAUAUAAUUAUGGCAAGUUUAACUGUACUGAAUACAUUUAUAUGGAUUACUAAAUUAUGCAUACCUUACCGACGUGUACAGUUUAUUCGACAAUAUCUAAAAGCGCUGAAACAGCUAUCUCAUACAGAAGAAACAGAAUGUGCAAGAUUCGUCAAUAACAAUUUAGGAUGUGACGGAGUAUUUUUAUUACAAGCAGUUAGUAAAAUAUCUAGUGAUUUAAUUGUAUUAGAUGUUACAGGUAUGCUAUGGAAUAAUUAUCAACGUGCAAAGAUUACUGGUACUGAAGAAGAUAUUAGUCGAUUUAUCGAAAGCAUCAACCGUGUUUGAUCCAGCCUGAUGUCAUGGCUGUCAAAAUGUUUUCCCACAAAGUAAUCAAAUAGACAAAUCACAUAUGGGAUAGUCUUCAGAUAUAUCAUACUGUCAACAGCAUAUCCAGACAAAUGAUUAACCUUUUACUGUGAUCUGUGCAGUUUGGGAUUAAGGCAUCCAAUGCACUCCAAAUGACAACUAACACAUAUGUAUAUAAAUAUAUGAAAUAUGUCCUCUUUUUUUCUAUAAUAUGCCUUCUUACAGUUUUCUUAAGGUGAAUAUGACUUCUGUAGGACAAUCGGACCAUAUUUUCUCUUGUUUUACUAGAAUAAUUGCUCAGUAAAUUAACAAUUAAAGGUGUGAACAACUUGCACAUAUUUGAAUGAUAACUCAUCGUUUGUUUGGUUUUCGUGUUGAUAGUGUUAUUACUAUUAUUAAUAUUCUUAUCCAAAUGUUAAAUCAGCUGUUGAUUUCUCUCCCUCCUCCAAUGAUAAUGACAAAAUAAAGAAUACUGUAAAAUGACAGUAAUACACCCUCGCGCAUAUUGACCAAUUUUAGAGUAGCAGUUUAUAUAUAUAUAAAACAGAAAUGUGGUGACUUUAGAAUUUUUUUCCACUUAUUUAUCUGUUAAUCUUAAUUGUCAACUGACUAUUAUCCUGUCUUCAUAUCACAAAAAAGGGUAUACGAUAUCUGUAUGUGUAUCUAUUAAAUACAAAUCUGUAUGCUGAUGAAUUUUUGUGAUUUCGAAAGAAAUCUGUACGUUUUAUGUUUUCUCUCCUCACUCCUAUUCCAGUUGGAAAAAUUUGUUUUCUCUCUCCCUCUUUACUUGGCCAGAUUUUUAUUUAAUACAAAAAUAUGAAUUAUUAUUACUAUUAUUA